AUGGGUAAUGAUGGUGGUAGUAUUCCUACUCGUCGCGAACUUGUAAAAGAAGCUGCCCGCAACCCCAACACCACCGAAUUAAAAGCUACUCUCCACGAAGCGCAAACACACGCAUGGACAUAUUGCCCUCUUUCCAAUCAACCACUCACUACACCUAUAGUAUCCGAUUGCGCUGGCACUCUUUACAACAAAGACGCUGUACUCGAACAAUUACUUCCCAAAGACAAUGAUGUCCCAGCUUCAGUCAUUAAGGAGAAGGAAGAGGUUCUGCAAGGACGAGUCAAGGGACUUCGCGAUAUCGUCGAGGUUAAAUUCUCCACAAUGAAGGAAGAUAACGAGGAGAAGAAGAUUUGUCCUAUCACUAGUAAGGAAUUGGGCGCCACUACCAGAGCUGUUUAUUUAGUGCCAUGCGGACAUGCCUUCUCGGAAGUUGCGAUUAAGGAAUUAAAGGGCGAUGCCUGUUUGGAGUGCAAUGAAGGAUACACUGCGGAAAACAUCAUACCUAUCCUCCCCAUUUCGAAAGAAGAUAUUGCGAGAUUAGCAGCACGAGCAUUCAAAUUAAAGGAAGUAGGAUUCACGCAUUCGCUGAAGAAAGCUCCGGGAGGGAAGAAGAAGAGAAAACACGCUGCAGAAACAGAGUCUACCACCCUUUUUAACAGCGGAAAGGAAGAUUCCAUCGAAAAGGUCCAAGAAAACGGAGCUAUCGACAAAACCAAGGCACGAACACAAGAGAAUGAAACUCGAGCAUCGAUACCAAAAUUGAAUAACGGCGCAUCUACACCAUUACCAUCUGGAAUCAAAAAUGCAUCGGCGGCAAAUCUAACAGCCAAAGUCCUAGAAGAACAAGAAGAACAAAACAAGAGGAGAAAAUUGGGGAUGAAUGACAAUCUCAAGAGUUUAUUUUCGAAUACUGGAUACAAUGCACAGAAACAAAAGGGUGGGGAUUUCAUGACCAGAGGAUUUUCGAUGAACAAGAAGUCAUAG